AUGCCUUCACAAGGUUCGCAAGCCGUCUCGUCGGCCAGCCUGCACGGCAGCCAGUCGCGCGGCAUCGACACGCGCUCCAUCAUCGACUCGCGCCCAGUCCAUUACCUGACGCGGGCUGGAGUUGCCGCCUCCUACCCGAUUCGCGGCAUUUGGUAUUUCUUGCGCAACAAGGAGUUCUGGCCACUAUUCACCGGGAGACUGCUACCGCUGUCGCUCAUUUCGUUCCUCGUCUACCUGGUUCUCUUCACUUUUGCCUUUUUGCCGCAGUAUGCUUUCCUUGCCAUCUUUCAUGGCUGGGGCGCUUGGGUCAACGCAGUCGUCCUGACGUUGGGCGAAGGUUUGAUCAUUAUCCAGAGUCUCUUUGAGGGAUUCUUUGUGGACGAGUGUCGAGUGGAUGUCUUCGAUGCCACAUUCAUCAAAGUUGGUCUCAGAGAUCUCAUUGCUCCGCACCGAAUUCUCUUUGACGAUGCUCCGAAUGCUGUCAAGAUGCUCGGAAAGCCCACCUCCUCGGCCAUCUAUACACCUUGGAGCGUCAUACAAAUCGUCGAGCUGGUCGUGUUCCUGCCGCUUAAUCUCGUCCCUUAUGUGGGGACGCUGGGCUUCAUCAUCAUCACAGGAACCAGGUUGGGAAAACUGGCGCACUAUAGGUGGUUUCAGCUGCGCGGACUCUCCAAGGAAGAUCAAAGGCGACAAGUGAGAUCCCUGACCUGGGACUACGUCUGGUUUGGCACUGUUGCCAUGAUAUUGGAACUGGUCCCCAUCCUGUCCUUCUUCUUUCUUCUGACAACAUCUGCGGGUUCGGCUCUUUGGGCGGCACGGAUGGAGGAGGAGCGCAAGCGCGGCGGGAUAGACUCACUGAUUGUGAACGGACAAGCACCCAGUCAAGACCCUCCAGAGUACUCUGAUAACAUGGCAUAA